ACACAACCACACAACCACACAACCACACACACUUCACAACGAGCCAGAAAAACAGGGCGAGAAAUAAAUAAUCGGAUAGACGGAUAAAAUAACCACGGAUAACUCAUGGCAUCACGCGACGAGGCACCUAAGCUAUCCAGCAGCGUGAAGCUUGUGCUUUUGGGAGAAGCUGCGGUCGGGAAGGUAUGUUGAUCGUUCAUCUCAGGCCAUCUGGCCGAUAAGGCGUUUUCCCUCUUUUUUCUCUCCUUCUCUCUCUAACAGUUCACAAGUCGUCACUAGUCCUUCGCUUUGUAAACGAUGACUUCCAAGAGAAUAAGGAGCCCACGAUUGGCGGUAACUUCUCCCCCCGCUCCCUUCCUUCCACUGCCCGCUCUCGCGGCAAACAUCGCUAACGAACGGCACCCGAGCAGCCGCUUUCCUGACCCAAAAAUGCGCCCUCCCAAGCCGUACCAUAAAGUUCGAAAUCUGGGACACAGCGGGACAGGAGCGCUUCGCCUCCCUCGCACCAAUGUACUACCGCAACGCCCAGACCGCAUUGGUGGUCUAUGACAUCACGAAACCGACCUCUCUCACAAAGGCCAAGCACUGGGUCAGCGAGCUGCAGCGCCAGGCGAGCCCCGGCAUCGUCAUCGCUCUGGUCGGGAAUAAGCUCGACCUCGCCGCUACUACCGCCUCUGAUGGUGGGGAUGCGGAUGGAGGCGAUGGAGGUGAUGGAGGUGAUGCGGGUAGUAGGGCCGUGCUCACGGCGGAAGCGAAGGCAUACGCGGAUGAGGAGGGAUUGCUGUUCUACGAGACAUCCGCCAAGACUGGGGAGAACGUGCAGAGCGUUUUCGAGGCUAUUGCCAAUGCUAUUCCCGAGAACACGCUGAAGCCUAGGGGUGGAGCGGGCGGGUUUGCAGGGAGUGGGAGAGGGGGUGGUGCUGGUGGGGCCGGCGGUAGUGGUGGGGAGGGGAGAGUGGGAACGGCGGUUAAUUUGGAGGAUGGGGUCGGGGCCAAGGAUGGGUGUGCUUGUUGA